CGGAACAUGCACUAUAAGGAGUUGUGACUUGUGAAGGAUGCAAAACAAAUCUACUCAGUAGUCCAAUUAGGUGGCAGUGACACACAUCUUGGUUUUGAAAAUUAUCAAAGGUCUCACCCAAAUCUGCUAACAACUGUUAAAAGAUAAGAAUUUGCUAGAACUUAGGAAUAUAGCCCACUCUUUUGAAGAAGGGAUAUGUCGAGAUGCAAAAAUCUAUGAACCCUAAGGGUCAAUAUCUCAACUAGAAAAAAAUGUGAUCAAAAGUGUGAGAAAACAAGAAUCUCAGGAAACAUGUGUAAGCAACUAAUUAACUCCCGCCCUCUCUUAUCCAUUUCCUAAUUUGUCAUCUCCGUCCGUGUGCGGUGUGUUCUGAAAACUGAAAACCCAAAACGAAACAAAAGAGAGAAAAUUUCUAAAAUCUAAAAAAAAACUUCUAAUUUUUAAUGACUGGUUAUUGUUUCAAAUGUAAGCUUGACCUCUCUCUUACCGAUCAAUUUUCGCUUCUUCAAUUAAACUAUUUUUGUUUUUCCUUUCAAACAUUUUUUGAUUCUCUAUGAAAAAACAAAACCGCCGUAGAAUGCUUUGGAUUAUAAUCUCUCAAUGGUUAUGAGAAUUAGGGCUGUUUAAAACAUGAGAAUUGAUGCCAAAGAUGUCGGAACUCUGUUCUGGAAAAUUCUCAGAUUUUCCACGAACAUCGUUUAUACAAACGUAAAGAAUCACCCCGUUGUGUCUGGUGUUUCUGCGUUUAUCUUCCUCUUAUACAUUUUUCUCCCUCGGCUUUUCUAUUUCGUCCUUUACUCUUCUCCAUUAAUCGCCUGCUCUGUGUUUUAUCUUCGGAAUCAUCCAAGUUUCAAGCUUUUGCGUAUCAAAACGGAUAAUUUGUUUUCACCAUUUUCCCAAAAGAGGUCUGAGGAAGAAGAAACAAGAAAGGCUGACUUAAAGCACCAACGAAGUGUUCGACGAAAUGCCAGAAGGAAAGUUGAAGAGGUUGGGAAAGAUUGGGACUCUUCUCAGGCUAGCGAGGAUGAGAGAGACAAAGUCAUUUUAACAACUCUAUAUGGCGAAAUCCCCAACACUGAUAAAUCUCCCAAACUCGAGAAACCCAAGAAAGAUAGAGCCUUUCUUGUUGCAGAAGAUUUCUCCUUUGAGCCUAGCUUAGAUGAAGAAACUCUUUCAACAACCGGGAAUGUGGAUCCAUCGGAGAGGUUAACGAGUGGUGGUGGCGAAACCGAAAUAGAAUCUUCAUCGUCAUCAGAAGGCGAAGAAGAAGAAAUUAUUCAUGAAGACAAAAAGGUACUUGUAGCUUGGACCGAGGAUGAUCAGAAGAAUUUGAUGGAUUUAGGAAACUCUGAGAUGGAACGUAACAAGAGAUUAGAGCAUUUGAUUACAAGAAGGAAAAUGAGGAGAUUAGUCCGACUUGCGGCUGAGAGUAGCCUAAUGGAUAUGGAAGUUCCUUCAAUAUGUGUUGGACGCAACUAUUUCGGUUUGCAUCAAGAAAACUAUAUAGUUGAUGGCCUUCAAAUGCCUGAAUCUGCACCUUCUGUGUUAUUACCAACUAAAAACCCCUUUGAUAUUCCUUAUGAUCCACAAGAAGAGAAGCCUAACCUCUCAGGGGAUAGUUUUCAGCAGGAGUUUGCAGCCAACCCUAAUGAUAUCUUCUUCUGCCGCCAUGAAAGCUUUUGUCGCAGAGUCUUUCCAUUGGAAAAUCAGCUUGACACGAAAUGGGAACCGUGGAAAAAGUCAAUUGAUGGUUUGUCUAGACCACAACAAGGUUGCAAUGAUGGAUUGGUUGGGGACAAACAUCCUAUAAUGAAAGGAAAAGAUCUAACAAGAGGAGAAGUAAAUGAUAUGGAGUCAGAACACAUGACAGAGAUUGUUGUGAGUGAUUCAAACUCAUUGCUUUCUCCUGUAGAAAGGGAAACGGAUUCCAAUGUCUCAAAUCAAGCAGAUUCUUCUGGAACUUCCGGGAAACCAAAUGGUGAUCUUCGUAUUGAAAACCCUUUAGUUGGUUUAGUUCCUAGAAACACAGGUUCACUUUCGACUUCUUUAGCAGCCGAAAGGCAAAGAUACGUGGAGCAUUUUGGUUACAGCUCAAGAAAAGGUCAUAAGUUAUCCGCAGAAUCUGAUCUUCAAGUUGAGUUUUCUGAAAUCGGAUCACCUCCCACUACAGUUGAUGGGAAUAAUUCUUCUGAUGAAGAGAAAUCACUCUUUGUCUACGAAUCAGAAACCGGGAAGGAGACGCGCUUUAGUGGUGAGGAAAAUGAGGUGAAACAGAAGAGCAUUGUGGAUAGAACUGCAGAAACUCAAAUGUUACCAGUGGAGAAAGUUGGUCAAGUUUUCGAUGAAAAGAGUUCUACAAUCUCUCCAGAAACUUAUGAAGCCAAACAAUUUGAGGGUCUGUCUGAUGGUACAAAUGUCAGUGAAAGAUCUGAGGAAGAAGAUAGCUCAAAAUCCGGACACUUUCCACUGGAAACAGUUCCUCACAUCAAUGAAGUUAUUCCAAGAAGAGAAGAGGAAUCACUGGAACUUGUCCAAAACUCGACUGAUGAGAUGAAGAUAAAUGACGACUCUGAUGAACCUGAACCCUUAACAAAUCAAGAAUCCGAAGAGCAUUUUGGGGGAAAUGAUGGAGACCAAUCAACUCAAGAGAUGCAAGAACUUAUUGAACCUGAAGUUUCAAAUGUGAACAAUGUCACAUCAGACGAGUCUGCUACUUCCCCAAGAUCAGUAUUACCAGACAUGUUGUUACCUUUAGACCAGACUUAUACUCUGAAUUCUGAGAGUUUGGAACAUACAUUAGAUAGUCAACCUCAACUUGUUAUUCCAUAUCCAGAAUCUCCUCAUAAUCAAUCAGGUGGUGUUGAUGGGGACAGUAGAUGAAGUGUGCUCAGAGGUCAGUUUCAAUGGCUUUUCCGUGCACUUGAACUGAAAUCUACUUUUAACAGAAAGAUGAAGUGUGUUUUCUAAAACAGGGACAAUCUGAGGCAAGUGCAGAAGAAGUUUCUUCUUUUGUUUAACACUUAACAAAUUCAGGCUUAUGCAGUAUAGAAAGUAUAGGUUUCCUAGCUAAAUUCAGAUUAUGUAUAUGCUAAAGUUGAUUUAGUGAAGUGAUCAUCGAUUUGUUUGAUGAUAAUUGAGAUAUAACUUAUGUUGUAAAAAGUGGAAAAUCUGAUAAUGAUUGGUUAUUUACAUUUUCGUAAAUUA